AUGCAAGCCACACACCAGGCAGCUGUAGUGUUGUCUGAUGGGAUACUAUGGGACAUCAACAACAUCAGCAAUAAGUUCCUUCCUUGCUUCUCUCACAGGCUGCCGAGCUUCGUUAAUUCAUUGCGACUAUCCAAGAUCGUAAACACAACAGACUUUACGGGCAUCUCGCUGGUUGUCCGGACAGGCGGCAGCGCGUUCCCCCCAUUUGACGUCAAGCGGACCGCGGCGGUGGUGGUGGCGGUGCGCUACUCCAGUGCGCAAUGGUGGAGAGGUGUUUUACGCACGGACGGCUGCCGAAGACCCGCGAAGGAACUGAACUGA